AGCUAGGCUAGCUUCUGCAUACACUACCUAAGGUACCUAUGUGUAUGCAAGCACUUGUUACAGAGCUUCAUCUUUAAGCUUCGUGUCAAUCAAGACUGCUGGCGUCUCCCAUAUGUCGCUACCCCUCCAACAGGCUUGCCUGGCCCCUUGAUCUGGUCGUCGGUCCAGUACCUCCUUGGUCAUGCCAUCCAGUCGGUCGCCCAGUUCCUGGUCGCGCAGCUCCCGGUCCUGGUACAGUACGCGUACCACGAAGAAAGCCCCUCGCCUCGGCGAAGUGAUUCGGUCGCUGAGAGUGGACGACCUCGAGGGCAAGCACGCCGAUGCGCGGAACCAGAAUCUUCGGACGGUUGGCUCGUACACUUGGGUAGACAAUCCCAGCUCUGGGCCGACCAUUCUCGUCCCUGGCAAACCCCCUUUGUGGACUCCCCAGGAUCAACGUUCGCGCUUCAAGGAGGACGCUGGGUCCUACUUCCGCGACAAGAACGCAGCCCGUUAUCCCAAGUAUCCCAUGGAGCCGGCUGUUAUCGCCGCCCUGACCACCAAUGUCACCAACCCCACUGAUGUCGACAUCUUCGCCUGUGCCAGCACCCUAGGGAACCUACUGCGCUUCAUUCAAGGCGAGGACGCUACCUUCCGCAUGCUGGCGUACAAGCUCCAUAACACCGUCUUUCUCGUGCGGCGCGAGAACUCGCCGACUCAAUUGAUCCCCGACGUGCGCGGGCAUGGCCACAUCUUUCACGAGGCCAACACAACCUGGGAGUCCGAGGUCAAGGGGUGUGCCUCGCACCAGCGGCUGGUGCGCUACGACUUCGGCCUCAGCGUGAUCGUGCGGUUCGAAGCGGAUGGCUACAUCCGGCCUCCAAAUACCACGGAUACGACGACCACCUCCCCAACCACCCCGUCGCCAACGACCCUCGCCUCCCCAGCCCCAGCCACCGUCGACGACCUGACAACCUCCCUCGCCGCAACCACCGUCUCCCCUGCAUCCGCCGCUCCCAAGCCAAAGUCACAGUCAACCUUCAACACAGCGUUGACCGUCCUCCACUCCCCCCCGGACGCCGCGUGCACCCCGCACGAGCAGCUCUUCAGCCUCAGGACGCGCAGCAUCCACGCCCGCCGGCAACGAAACGAGCUCCUCGCCGCCGAGCUGCCGCGCCUCUGGAUCCGCCAGGUGCCGACCUUCGUGCUCGCCUUCCACAUGCACGGGCUGUUCAGGCGCGAGGAGACCGAGAUCGUGGAUGUGCGGGGGCUGCUGAGGGAGUGGGAGGACGAGCACGCCGGGGAGUUGCAGAGGUUUGCUGCGCUGCUGCGCUGGGUUAGGACGGUUGUGUGCGAGUCAUUGGAGGGGCGGGUGGAGAUUUGUCGAUGGGCCAGGGACGAGCGGGGCGGAGAGUGGGAGAUGGGGUUGGAGGUGAGGACGGUGGUUGUGGGUGAGGGCGCUGCGGCGGGGGUGGUGAGUGCUGAGGUAAGGAAGCGGUGGGAGAUGGCGGGGCGGUAGGGGUGAGAAGGUGAAAUAGAAGGAGGCUGGAGUUGACGAGUCCUGACGUGAGAGGGCGGAGGAGAAGGGACAUCAAGGCGUGCGGUGAAAGCCGGAGGUCAAGUCGGAGAGCACCGGGCACAGAAGACUGGAAAUUGACCUCCAUACGGAAGAAUACUCGACGAAUACAACUGUAAGCAAAGUCUACCACUGUAUAAUAUAUGGAAGUCUUACCACUCUGCUCGUGAGCUAUGAUGCUCCCCCUGACAGUCAUCCAGAAAAAGCAAUCACCCUUCAGGUUUUCCCAUAACGCCGCACUCCGUGCGAACCCACAAUCUCAAAAAAAUUGCAACCCACGCCCGACUAUAUGCCAUCCUCUCGCCUCACAAGUUACCGUCCAGACAGCC